AGCUUUCCUCUCUUGCUGUCUUUUUUUUUUUUUAAUGUCUGCGUAGCGCACGACGGCCAGUCUGGGACUUUCCACUUACAGAGACCCAGUUCGUCUGGCUACGGUGGGUCGAACGUAAACGGCAUAUAUACGUCUUUGGGAUUUUUGUGUAGGCGCUGUUGGAACGCAGAUCGAUCCAAACUCGAAACAGAAACAGAACCAAACACUGAUGUCGUCCAGACUACGACUGAUGCGGCACACCGCCGCGCCGCGCACGUGCACACGGCAAAACGAAGCGUCGUCCCACAGCACCGCUCUGCUUUCUUUUACUAUUUUAUCGGUCGUGGAGUUGCUGCGGAUGGCAAUAGGUGCCGCUUCCUCGUGUGCGCCAUCCAGCACUCGAAAUUCCAGCGGUGCAACAACUCUCGUGUCUUCCGCUCUAUUCCAAAGACCCCCGCGCUACUGCGCGAUCGAUCGGCUGCAACGCCGCGGUAGCGGCCACACCUGCCUGACACAGCGACACAUGGACGGUAAAGCCAGCAUCCCGGCAGGUCUCGGCAGCGGCGGCUCCCUCAGAGGACUCCUCCACACCACGCCCAUUCGUCUCGAGCGGAAUGUGGUGCGCAAUACGCUGGCGGACACCCCUUCCGGCUACAUUCAGGACCCACGCGUGGCCCCCAAGUUGAUGCGGCGCUACGACAGUGUCAGCCGCGUCGGCGCUGCCGCGAUCGAGGCGAUGGAGCGGGAAAAACAGCUGCUAGAGCAGGAGGAGCUGGCGUACCGCGGCUUCACCACCCUGCGCAUUCAAGAGCUGAAGCGGGUGGUGCUAGCACCAGGGAGCACGCCAGCGGACCUCGAAGGCGCGGUGGAGGGCCUCAAAGCGGACCUCGUCGAGCUCUUGAGCGUCGUGGAUCAGGAGGUGGAGAAGCCAAUUAGCCAGGAGCAUAUUUUGUUGCUCAAGUGGCAGCAGCGACAGCAGCGGCUGCACGACCGCGAUCUCGCCUUCCACGUCGCACCGGUAACAAAUCCAGGCUACCGGGUGGUGCAGCAGGCGGACGGCACGGAGGUGCUGGAGAGACCCGGGCGGGACACCCCGCAGACCGACCUGCCCGCAACGGACGACGCGUACCUGUCACAGCCGGUGGAGACGGAGGAGCUGCCGGCCUCCGCGCUCGUGCCGGAGCGAGUGGUGGUGACCAUCGCAGACGUAAACCACGUGCGAUAUUUAAUCGGGUUGGCGCUGCGGCGCCUCUCGCGCUUCGAGGAGGCGGAGAAGAUGCUGUACAGCGUGUUAGCCGAUGACGUGACGAACGUGGAUGCCGUUGAGUCGCUGCUGGAGAUGGACCUCGGGGUGGAGGGCUGGGAGCCGCGGCUUCGUGUGCUGCUGGACUUUUUGGUGGCGGAGUUCGACACGGCAGUUCGAGAAGGACGGCUGCAGCGGUCCACUGUGGGUGGGGUUGACAACUCGGUGACGAGCCAAGAACGCGAUCAAGACACGGAAAGUGAAGCGACUGCAUCCGCAUCAUCAGCAGCGGCACCUUCGAUACGGGAUGCAGAAGGCGUGCACGAGGCCGCCACAACGGCCACCGCCACCACAACUAGCACCUUGCCGACCCCUGCAAACGCCAUCACGGCGUCCCGCACCGCGGCCCCGUAUGCAACCGUACCCCAGGCCGCCCCAAUUGAGGUGGCCCUCUCUCUUUUGUCCGACAUCAUCGUCGAGGCGGCCGCGCAAAAGUAUUCCACCGACGGCGAAGGCGCCACAUCGCGCUUCUUUAUCGAGUCCCUCGGCCCCAUUAUGCGAGCAUUGGGUCGUGACUACGCGCCUGCCGUGUUGGCGGCUCUUUUCCAGGCGGUGGAUGAGCAGCACUUUAUGGCGCGCUUCGACUCCGACGAUGUGUCGCCAGCGGCGCGCGCCUUCACUCUCGGCAUCGUCAUUGCCUUCUUGAAGGCGCUGACGGCCCGUCGCGUUCACGAAAUGAUGCCGAACCCGGUGCAGUUCGAGUUCUUCACCGCGUCGAAGCUGCACGCAGCGCUGCGCCGAGCCGGCCGCCUGCACGAGAGCUAUCACAUUUGUGACAAGAUGAUGAAGCUGUACCGGGACAACUCUGCAGUUUACAGAGCCCGUCUGCGCAGACGCAGCACCGCCGCUCUGCCACGGACGGCAUCCGCUUUUCUUGAGGAGUUGGCGCAGCCGCAGCCGCAGCAUCGCGCCUUGUUUGACACGGCACCGGUACCGGAGGAAGUUGGCGACAGCGGCGAGGAAGAGGCGUCCCCGUCUCCCGCCUCCGCAGGCCCGUCCACCACGUCACCGUCACCGUUGACGGGCAGCGGCCAGCUCGGCACCGUGGAGGAAGACAACGUUGCUGCUGGUGCUGCUUCGACGUGCGACACGGCCGCCGAAGAGGUGUCGGAGGACACGGAGGAGCCGCCCGAUGUGCUGGAUGAUCAAGACGGCGACUACCGUGAGGCUUUUUUCCAGUACGUGAAUGACCGUGCACGCGACUCGCCCUCGCUGGGGCGCCGUCUCUGCCUGGAGGCGAUGCGAGAGUUUCCGAACUGCGCCGCACCGUGGGAGACGCUGGCGCUGCUGCUGCACAAGGAGAAUCCCGAGCGCAACCUACACGACGCCAUCGUCGCGGCCCGCCACGGCCUGCUGCUGGAGCCGCUCAACUUAAGCGUGAUUGUCACGCUGGCCAAUUUUUACAAGGCGGCGGGCCGCUACGAACUGCACGAGCGCAUGCUGGACCGCUAUCGCCUGCUCGCGUACAUGGCCGAGGAGGGGGCGAGUGUGGCGGAUAUGCAGGCGACGGCGGCCGAGGUGGAGGCGUUAGACCGGGUGACGCCGGAGGCGCAAGACUUGGUGGCGGAGACCGGGCGAGAGAUGUCGGAGUACAUGUUCCGCCUGGAGCAAGCCACGACCUACUCGAUGCCGAUCGACAAGGAAACACGCCACUUCCGGAAGGAGCCGGUGCGCUUCUUCUCGCAGCAGCCGGAUAUGCGACCGCCGGAGGUUCGUGCGCACGAGUCGGAUCCGGAAGACAAGCUUUCGAUGGACACGGCACGGCGCCCCCUCACGUGA